AUGAAUUUAGGGGCUUCCAUUUCAAAACCAACGAGGCAACCAGAUUCCCUCAAAAAAAAAAAAAAACCGAGGCAACCAGAUGUAUCAAACUUGGAAUCUGAAACUACUUUCACAAAUCAGAGACAAGAAGCAGAUGCGGGAGGAUCCUUGGAUCUACCAACGAGUCAUCCUCAAGAAGCGGAUGGGAAAGAUGCAAGUGUUGAGGCCCUUUCGCAACUUUUCGUUAAAAUUCAGCCAGCUUUAAGCUCUCUUCUACGAGAUUUGGCUGACUGGAACGCAGAUGAAAGGAAAUCACAAGAAAAAUCGGUGCAGAAAAAAGAAAAGGAGGCAAUAAAAUCAACAGAAGGUGAAGGUGUUAAAAGCACUGAAACUAAUGAGACUAUUGAGAGGGAAAAAGGAUUUGAAUACCUUAAAUAUCUUCCCCUCUAUCAAGCUGGCCUAAGAAGUGAUUGGCAAGCUACAAAGGCCAUACUUGAGAAAUAUCCAGAUGCCGUUCGUGCUCACAUAUCAGAAGACAAUCAAAAUAUUCUUCACAUUGCAACGUUAGCAAAACGCUCUACUUAUGUUGAAAAACUGCUAAAAGAGAUGAGUCAGGAGGACUUAGAGAUGAAAGACACGGAUGGGAACACCGCCCUUUACUAUGCUGCUUUGUCAGGAAUUGUGAAAAUUGCCAAGGAAAUGGUGAACAAGAACAAUAAACUGCCACUGAUCCAUGGAAAGGGACAAGUUCUACCAAUUCACACGGCAUCCACACUUCGAAAUAAACAAAUGGUGUCGUAUUUGAUGUCUGUAACUCCUUUUCAACAGUUGACUGCUACUGAUCGCAUUGAUCUCCUUCAUCAAACUAUUUCCGCUGAUUUGUAUGAUAUAGCAUUGGAUAUUCUGAAAAUGGAUUCAACGUUAGCAACUGCCGAGGACAACAAUGGGCGUAUAGCAUUGGAACUGUUGGCACACAAACCUUUUGCAGUUGGCAGUGGAAGUCAGAUGUCAAAAUGGCAAAUAUGCUUAAACUCUUGGUACAAAGAGGACGGGAACAAAGCUGUCAUGCCGAGGUUGGCCCAUCAAUUGACUGAAGAAAUUUGGAAAAAUAUUCAACAAUUGCCAAACAAACAGUUCUUAGACCUCGUUGACAAACAUAUCUCUUUACUCUUUGUUGCUGCGAAAUCAGGGAAUAUUGAAUUUCUAACCAUACUUUUACGCUCUUAUCCUGAUCUCAUAUGGAAGAUUGAUGAACAACAACGAAAUUUAUUUCAUUUUUCUGUUUUAUAUCGGCAAGAGAGUGUAUUCAAUCUAAUAUAUGAAAUAGGCGCCCUCAAGGAUAUGAUUGCAGUCUGUGUUGACGUAAAGAAGAACAACAUGUUACACUUUGCUGGACAAUUGGCUCCUAUAAAUAGGCUAAAAAUCGUAUCAGGAGCAGUUCUUCAAAUGCAACGAGAAUUGUUGUGGUUUAAGGAGAUUGAAAAAAUUAUGCCGCCUACAUACUUGCAUUUGGAGAAUUCAGAAGGCCAAACACCCCAGGAUAUAUUUAUAGAGACCCAUAGAGAUUUACAAAAAGCUGGUGAAAAAUGGAUGAAGGAGACAGCAAAUUAUUGCAUGCUUGUGGCAACAUUGAUUGUUACUGUGGUUUUUGCUGCAGCCUUCACUGUACCAGGUGGAAACUAUCAAGACAAUGGCAGCACUGUACCAAGUGUAAACCAUCGAGAAAAUGGCACCCCUUACUUUUUGGAAAGUAAAUGGUUUACGGUAUUCUUCAUAUCAGAUGCAAUCGCAUUGUUAUCCUCUUCGACUUCCAUAUUAAUAUUUUUAUCGUCAAUUCUUACAUCUCGUUACAAGGAUGAGGAUUUCCUCAAAUCUUUACCUAGUAGGUUGGUGUUUGGACUCAUUGCGCUUUUCAUCUCCAUAGUAGGCAUGGUGGUUGCGUUCAGUGCAACUUGCAUUUUGGUCUAUAAGUACAAAACGGCAAGGAUUCCAUUUGCUAUAAUUAUUCCGGCUGGUUUCCCAAUUGUUUUGUUUGUUUGGCUAAUUUAUGAUCUUUUGCUUGAUGUAAUCCGCUCAACAUACCGGUCAAGAUCCCUUUUUGGACCACGUAAACAUGGGCUUUUCCAGCAAAUUGAAGAUGCGGCGCCAACCCCAACAAUUGAUCCACAGAAAAGGAAGGCCAAGGAAGGGAUGUAG